AUGUCCUCCAAGGAUCCAUCAUCGCACUUCAACAAUGAAGUCGACGAAGCAUCGCGUCCCGACAACCUCGACCAUGACCCCCUGACCGCGCCGCUCAAGCGCAAGCUGCACUCGCGGCACCUACAGAUGAUCGCGAUCGGCGGAAUCAUCGGCCCGGGUCUCCUCGUCGGGUCCGGAAAAGCGUUUAGCGAGGGCGGUCCUGCCGGUGUUCUGAUCAGUUUUUCGCUGGUUGGGAUUAUUGUGUAUUUUGUCAUGCAAGCACUCGGCGAAAUGGCCACCGCCAUCCCCGUCACAGGCUCAUUCACCGAAUACGCCCAGCGCUUCGUCGACGACUCGCUGGCGUUUGGGCUCGGGUGGGCUUAUUGGUAUCUUUGGGUUACGGUCCUCGCAAACGAAUACAACGCCGUCUCCCUCGUCAUCAUGUACUGGACCGACGCCGUCCCGCAAUGGGCCUGGAUCCUCAUCUUCUGGUUUCUGUUUCUCGGCCUGUCGAAUUUUGGGGUGCGGGAGUAUGGCGAGAUGGAGUUUUGGCUGUCGCUUAUAAAAGUCAUCGCCCUAAUCGUCUUCUUCAUCCUCGCCAUCUGCAUCAGCACGGGUGGGAUCGGCGACCAGGUCAUCGGCUUCAAGUACUGGCAUAACCCCGGUGCCUUUGCGGAUUCGAUCAAUGGCGUUGCGAGGACGUUUGUUGUUGCGGGGACGUUGUAUGCGGGGACCGAGAUGGUGGGAAUUACUGCCGGCGAAUCGAGUAACCCACAAAAAGCCGUCCCACGCGCCAUCCGGCAGGUAUUCUGGCGGAUUCUCGUUUUCUAUAUCGGAACAAUGUUCUUCAUCGGCAUAUUGAUGCCCUAUACCGAACCCCGCCUCCUCAACAGCUCCUCGUAUGGCGCAAACUCCCCGUUGACAAUCGCCCUCGCCGACGCCGGCAUCGCCCCCGCCGCACACCUCAUCAACGCCCUAAUCGUCGUCAGCGUGGUCUCCGCAGGGAUCGGGUCCCUGUACGUCGCGUCCCGGACAAUCCUCUUCAUGGCGCGUAGCGGGAAAGCACCCAAAUUCCUAGGAAGGACCAACUCGCGCGGCGUCCCCUGGGUCGCGCUCAUCUUCUCAAACAUCUUCACCUGCAUCGUCUUCCUCACACUAGGCAGCGGAGCAGGCAAAGUCUACUCGGCCCUCAUCACCUUGUCCGGGGUCGCAACCUUCCUCGUCUGGACCUCCAUCUGCAUAGCACACAUCCGCUUCCGCCGCGCACUGGCCGUCCAAAACCAGCCCGUCUCAUCCCUCCCCUUCCGCGCCGCGCUGUAUCCCUACGGGACGUAUUUCGCGCUGUGUACGAACAUCUUCCUCAUUUUCUUCCAGGGCUACACGGCGUUUCUGAAUCCGUUCUCCGCGGAGGAUUUUGUCAUCAAUUAUAUCCUCCUCCCGGUGUUUGUGGGCUUUGUAGUUGGGUGGAAGGUUUGGCAUCGCACGCGGUUCGUCAAGCUGAGCGAGAUGGAUGUUUGGAGUGGGAGGAGGGAGAGGGAGGGGGAGAGAGAGAUUGCGGAGGAUGGGGGUCCGUAUGGCGGUGGGCGGGGGAGUGGUUAUGUCGGUGGGUGGAAAGAGGGGAAUGGGUGGAGAGGUAGGGCUUGGAGGGCUGUUGUUGGAUAG